AUGGCGGCGUUCCGCGAUAUGGAGAAGUUGAGCCAGGAGUUGCUGAGCUUGUUGGGCACCAACCGCGCCGAGUCGCAGCAGCGCCGGCUGCUGGAGCACCACGAGCGGGUGGUGGACCGGAUGCUGGAGGCGCAGGACAACGCGGAGCGGAUACUGCGAGAGAUCCUCACCAUGGAGACAGAAGUGGCCCAGAGCCUUCUUGACAUGAAAGACAGGGCGCAUCAGAGGGGUGCUGAGGUGCAGGAACUUGAAGCUGAGCAGCAGAAGGCCAGCGGGGAGGACAGCAGCGUGAGGGCCAGCCUCCUUCAGCUCACCAGAGAGCUGGAGGAACUCAAGGAGCUAGAGGCUGAGCUCCAAAGACAAGAGAGGGAAGUGGACGAAGACACGACGGUCACCAUCCCUUCAGCCGUGUACGUGGCUCAGCUCUACCACCGGAUUAGUAAAAUCGAGUGGGAUUACGAAUGUGAACCAACAAUGAUUAAAGGCAUCCAUCACGGUCCCAGUGUCGCCCAACCCAUCCAUCUGGACAGCACCCAGCUCUCUGGGAAAUUCAUCAGCGACCAUCUCUGGAGCUUGGUGGACACCGAGUGGUAG